AUGUUCCUGUUCAAGCAACCUCCAAAUCUUCCUCGGUGUAGCCAUCGCAUCGUUCGCCUCACAGAAUCUUUCCGAGGUAAUCCCGCCGAUACCGGUAUUAGCCAAGUGUCAAGUGAAGAUGAGAGUAACCCCAAUGGCUUUGUUUUGGACGCUCGUUCAGUCCAAACGAUCGAGGAUUUGUCAUGGCUCUAUCGCACAGCACGAAAACACUCAACUUCGCAAGCCUUUCGAAAACCUGGCGGUCGGGUCGUGAUCAUACGUUCCUGCCCCACUCAAAUAGAAGAACCCGAGUCCGUGGCCGCAAGUGAGGCAAUCGUCGGCUUUGCCAAGUCUCUGGCCAAGGAGAACGGAACACGCGGUGCUACUGUCAACUUGAUCCGAGAUGCGACUCCUUUCAACGAUGCAGAGAACGCCUUGGAGAAGCCAUUGGAGUGGCUGCUGUCGCACCAUAGCUGCUAUGUGACAGGUCAGGAAAUUGUGGUUUCUGCCAACCCUCGAAUACCUGCUGAAAUUGUGGAGAAUCGCUCCAUACUUAUCAGCGGGGCAGCGGGUGGAAUCGGGAGGGCCACUGCCAAAUUCCUGAACACAGAGCAGCAACCUUCUUCCAAGCUACUCCUUGUCGACCAUCCUUCCACCCAGUCCAAACUGGAUCAAGUAGCGGUUGAUCUCCGUGCAACAGCACCACCACAACGACAAGUAGAGGUGCUCCCCUUGGAUCUAACCCAAGCUGAUGCAGGAGAGAUCCUCGCCCAAGCAAGUGCCGAUAUUGGUGGUCUGGAACGUGUCAUCCACGCUGCGGGGAUUACACGGGACAAGACCUUGAAAAAUAUGGACUACGAAUCAGCCUGGAAGCCUGUCUUGGAGGUCAACAUGGGUGCAGCCUUCAAGAUUGACCAUGCACUUCUUUCCACUCCAGGAGCUCUGCUGCCAACAACGACAGGCAAUUGUGGUUCUUCCUUUGUAUACUUUGGUUCUACUUCGGGAAUAUCGGGCAAUGCCGGUCAAUCCAACUAUGCAGCGUCCAAGUCUGGGUUGCUAGGCUAUGCAGAGGCCAUGGCCAAGAGGCACCCAGAGCAUUCCUUUCGAGUGGUAUCUCCUGGCUUUAUUGAUACCGAUAUGACUGGGAAGAUGCCUUUUCUAGUUCGUAUGGUUGCUUCCAAGCUCAAUGCGCUCGGUCAGGCAGGAAAACCAGAAGAUGUGGCAGCAGCAGUUGCCUUCUUGUCCUCACCAGAAGCCACUGGUUUGGCGCCUGGUUUUCAUCUUCGUGUGUGUGGCAUGUUCAUGGGAGGCAGGUAGACGUACCGGUUACAGUAGCUACGUGACAGUAGACCAUAACAUUAUUCUCAGACUCCUGCCGAAACCAUGGAGGAGAAUUGCUCCAUACUUAGCUCUGGUUGCAGCAUGUGGGAUAGGAAGAGCCACUGCCAAAUUCCCAAACACAGAGCAGCAACCUUCAUGAUUGACCAGGCGCUGCUUUCCACUCCAGAAGCUCUACUGCCAACAAGAACGACAAGCAAUUGUGGUUCUUCCUUUGUAUACUUACUUUAGGUCUACUUCGGUAAUAUCGGGCAAUGCUGGUCAAUCGAACUAAACAACAUCCAAGUCCGGGUUGCUGGGCCAUGCAGAGGCCACGGCCAAGAGGCACCCAGAGCAUUC